AUGCUGCGGGAGAUCAGGUGUCGCAUGACCUUCUUAACGACCCGAGAUAAGAUCAAGAUACAGCCCCUCCCAGCCCCUCCACAGCCCCCACAGCCCCCACAGACCCCACAGCCUCUCUACAUUUCCACACACCCUUCCACCAUCUCCACAUGCCCCUCCACCCCCCAUCCACCUCAAAAUACCCACAAAUCCACUUCAAUCAUAACACUAGAGGACAUGGAGGUCUCAAUCACAGCACAAGAAUCACUCGUCUCAGGCACACCACAGGAAGUUUUAGCCCCCCCAGCACCUCCACAGCCCCUCACAGCCCCAGGACCCCAUACAGCCCCUGAAGGAGGAGCUGCAGCGGAAGGUGGAGGAGGAACAGAGAAGAUCGACCAGCUGACAACCGCCACCGCUACCCUCUCGGUGGAGGGUGGAGAGGUGGAGGAGGAGGUGGAGGCGCUGGUGGAGAAGUGGAGGAGGGUGACGGCCUUACUGGUGGAGAGGAUUGUUGCCACAGAGAAAGCCAUCCACCGCAGCAAGCAGUAUGAGGAGGAGGUAUGUGGACUCAAGUCGUGGCUGGCGGAGGUGGAGGUGUUUCUGAAGGCGGAGGAGGCAGCUCUGGGCGAUGUGGAGACUCUGGAAGCUCAGAUGGAUCAGUCAAAUGCUUUGCAGGAGGACAUCACCACACUCCGCUCGAACAUGGCCAGCAUCACCACUACAGGCCUACAGAUAGUGGAGGAGGCCCGGGAGGAGGUGGAGGAGGAGAAGGAGGAGGUGGAGGAGGUGGAGGACUACCGGAGGAGGCUGAAGGAGGAGGUGGAGGAGCUGAAGGAGAGGUGGGAGGCUGUGACGGAGCUGUCUGUCCUUCAGAAUAGGAGUUUGAAGGAGGCCUUGGAGAGGAGCAGGAAGGUCCACAGUGACAUAGAAGCUUUGACAUCCUGGCUUGACAAAGUGGACCACCAGCUCACCACCACCACCACCACCGCCACCACCACCCUGGACCAGCUGACCACCACCAUCACCACCUUGGAGGCCCUGAAGGAGGAGGUCACAGCCAAGGAUCUGACCUCACAGCCCUUAAUAACAUUGGGGACGUGAUGCUGCAGUCUGACUCAGCAGCCACACAUGAAGAGCUGGCCAGGAAGCUUACCAAGGUCAACAAACAAUUCACUCACCUCUCCACCGCCAUCACGCCACUCACUCUCACUCCUCUCUCACUCUGCAGCGCUACCACCAGUUCAACAAGCUCUGUCAGGAGGAGGAACAGUGGCUGAAUGAACUACA